AUGGAUCUCGAGUUAUCUCACAGGAAAAAACCGGAACUCCACGAGCCCGACGCUACCGAGACAUCUCCGUGCGGCCGCUACAUCCGGUUCGAGCAGACCCUUGGCCGGGGAGCUUUCAAGGAAGUGUACAGGGGCUUCGAUCGGCUCAACGGCGUCGAGGUCGCCUGGAAUCAGAUCUGCCUCGACAACGACGACAAAACCCUAAAAAAUUCCCCGGAAAAUCUGGCGCGAUUGUGCUCCGAGGCCGUCCUGCUGAAUUCCCUCGCCCACAAACACGUUAUGAGGUGCCACGCCUACUGGAUCGACUACCAGAACAAGACGGUGAACAUGAUUACCGAGCUUUUCACCUCCGGGAGCCUGAGGCAGUACAUGAAGAAAUUCGGGCGGCCCAAUUUACAGACAAUGAAGAAUUGGGGCAGGCAGAUACUUGAAGGCCUGCACUACCUCCACACCCGAACCCCCUGUGUCAUCCACCGUGAUAUUAAGUGCGACAACAUAUUCAUGGACCUCACCACCGGCGAGGUCAAGAUUGGCGAUUUCGGGCUGGCCACUGAGAUGGAGCAGGCCCCAGCCCGAGUCCUGGCAGGUACGCCCGAAUUCAUGGCCCCUGAGUACUAUGACGAGGAGUACAAUGAGCUGGUGGAUGUGUACGCCUUUGGUAUGUGUUUGAUGGAGAUGGAAACUUUGGAGUAUCCUUAUUGCGAGUGCACAAACCCGGCUCAGAUUUUCAAGAAAGUGUCAAAUGGUGUGAAGCCGGCAAGUCUGGAGAGAGUGAAGGAUUUGGAAGUGAGGGGUAUUAUUGACAAGUGCAUGUUGCCGGCUUCUCUGAGGCCGUCGGCUUUUGAGCUGCUAAACGACCCGUUUUUCUCGUUGGAGGAGAAUUCAAUGGACAUAAUGGGAAUUGAAUCAUCUGGGUCUUUUGGGCAGGAGGAACAAUGCAGGGGGAUGAAAAGCUUGUGCUUGGAUGGGUCGAUUGUUUCGGGGAUAUCCAUGUUGUACAAUUCAAUUUGCUUGUCGGGAGAGGGCAAUGGUGGUCAGGGGUGUAUUGGUAAAUUAGGAAGCUCGGAUGUCUCGAUGAAUUCGAGAAUCACAUUUGCUUCGUCGUCCGGCGACGUGUCAAAGGAUUUUGGGCUGGCGAACUCAAAACCUUUUUGUGUGGAGAAUGAGAUGAUGCCUGCUGACUAUAUUUUUUAUCAUAUUAGGGUGAAUUAG